UAUAAAAACCACACCCACAACUUUUUGCACUGAUGCAAGAUGGAGGUUAUGUAACUUAAUGAAAUAAUAGAAAGAAAUAUCAUCAACAAGAUGCUCUCGUAUCUUUCUCUUGGGCUGAGGCAGCCAGGACUGCUGCCUCGUGUCCUUCUAAUCCCUACUCUGAGACGGAAUGCUAUUUCAUUGAGGAAUUACUCAAAUAAAGGAUUUGAAAGGUUUAAAUUGGGGCGACAGAAAGAAUCGAAAGGAGGGAAGGGCAACAGUGAGAGUUCCGGUUCCUCAGGAGGUUCUCCGAAUAACAAAGGAAGAGGAGACUGGAUGAACAAGAACUGGCUAGAGGAGAUCAUGAAGCCAGAGCACAGGGGAAUGUGGCUCUCUCUUAUCAUUGCUGUAGCUGGAGGGUAUUUCCUCUUUCGUUCGUCUGACGGUCAAGAAAUAUCGUGGCAAGAGUUUCGUACUAGAUACCUUGAGACGGGAGAGGUUGAUCACCUUGAGGUUGUCAAUCGCAGUAUAGUACGGGUGUAUUUACACAGUGGCCAUUUGACUGGUAAACGAAGCUCUCUGAAAUUUAAUAUUGGCAGUGUCGACUCAUUUGAGAGGAAUCUUGAACAAGCUCAGAAUGAGUUAGGAGUGACUCCAGCUAACCACAUCCCUGUGGUUUAUGUAGCUGAAGCUAAUCUACUUAAAGAGGUCAUAAAGUUGAUUCCCUCUAUGCUUGUUCUUGGGGCAAUCUUCUACUUCAGUCGGAGGUUGACUUCUGGUAGUGGAGGUGGGCGUGGUGGUAUAUUUGGUGUGGGACAAUCAACAGCUAAGUUCAUUAACAAGGAAACUAACAUUAAGACCAAAUUUGGUGAUGUCGCUGGCUGUGAAGAAGCCAAAGUUGAAAUAAUGGAGUUUGUCAACUUCUUGAAAAAUCCCAAACAGUAUCUUGAUCUCGGAGCUAAAAUACCAAAAGGUGCUAUUCUCAGUGGUCCUCCUGGUACUGGUAAGACGCUGCUAGCUAAAGCAACAGCUGGUGAGGCCGGAGUGCCUUUCCUCAGUAUAUCAGGGUCUGAGUUCCUGGAGAUGUUCGUUGGAGUUGGACCUGCCAGAGUAAGAGAUCUCUUCUCUCAAGCGAGGAAGAAUGCUCCCUGUAUCAUAUUCAUUGACGAGAUUGAUGCUGUGGGUAGGGCAAGAGGGAGGAAGGGAAGUUUUGGCGGACACGAUGAAAGAGAAAAUACACUCAACCAGCUGCUAGUGGAGAUGGACGGUUUCAAUACAACUACUAAUGUUGUUGUGCUGGCUGGUACUAACAGACCUGAUGUCCUUGACCCUGCACUGAUGAGGCCGGGUCGCUUUGACAGACAAAUAUACUUACCACCACCUGACAUCAAGGGAAGAGCUUCAAUAUUUCGUGUGCAUCUCAAACCAAUCAAAACAAGUCUAAACAUUGAUGAUCUAGCUAGGAAGCUUGCCGCCCGUACUCCAGGAUUCACUGGUGCUGAUGUUGCUAACGUCUGCAAUGAAGCAGCUCUCAUAGCUGCUCGGUAUUUAGCCACUGACGUCCUUAUGACUCACUUUGAACAAGCCAUUGAACGAGUGAUAGGAGGACUGGAGAAGAAGACACUAGUCAUACAACCAGAGGAAAAGAAAGUCAUCGCUUACCAUGAGGCUGGACAUGCUGUGGUGGGUUGGUUCAUGAGAUACGCUGACCCAUUAAUGAAAGUUUCUAUAAUACCAAGAGGUAAGGGACUUGGUUAUGCUCAAUAUCUACCAAGAGAACAACACAUCUACACAACUGAAGAGCUGUUUGACAGAAUGUGCAUGAUUCUAGGCGGCAGAGCCAGCGAGCAAGUGUUUUUUGGUAGAAUAACAACAGGAGCUCAUGAUGACCUUAAAAAGGUGACAGGAAUGGCUUAUUCACAAAUUGCCAAAUAUGGUAUGAAUGAUGAGGUUGGUCAGGUUUCCUUUGACCUUCCCGGUGAAGGCGACCAAAUGUUUGAGAAACCUUACAGCGAAGCAACAGCUCAACUGAUAGACGAUCAAGCAAGAGACCUCAUUUCAAGAGCUUACCAAUCAACGAUACAGCUGUUAGAAGAGAAGAGAGAGUCUGUCGUCAAAGUGGCCGAGAGAUUAUUACAGCAAGAGGUUCUUCAACGUGAAGAUAUGAUAGAACUUUUAGGCCCAAGGCCUUUCCCAGAGAAAUCAACUUACGAGGAGUUUGUGGAAGGAACUGGGUCUCUUGAUGAAGACACUAGUCUACCAAAAGGUUUAGAAGGAAUGAAAGAUGGAGGAGGAGGUGGAGCUACUGUUUCACCAGAUGCAGCAUCAUGAUGAUAUAGAUAUAACUGUCCCAUAAGUAAACUUAAUUUAUUAUCACGCUAAGUGUCUCAAUUAUUUUGUCAUACAGUCAACAGAUAAUUUAAA